AUGACCAAAGGAGCAAUGGGACUACCGGUCCAUACGCUACAGCCUGAUGAUCGAGUUCGAAUCUUCCCAAGACUCCUUUGCUUGCUCUUAGCAUGCAUCGCAGGUCUCUGGAUAUCGACUGGUAGAUUUUACACUGUCGAGUCGGAGUCCCUCUCUUCGAUGGAACGUAUUUGCCCUCAGCAACCCGCAUAUGAUCCAACAGAGGCUCUUCAGAAGCUAACGAUUCGGCCUCCAUCCGUCCUGCAUUCUGUCAAGCUCUUGAGUGAGGCUGUACAGCUCUCUACUGAGGCCAUGGAUGAGAUUUUGUCAGAUGAUGAAGAGUUGGAGUCAGUGACAAGGAACUCUACGUUCUCGCCAUUUUCUGACUGGAUUGAAAAGUCUUUUCCUUUCAUUCAUGCUCCCGACUCACCUGUGAGACGAGAGUUUGUGAACAAGCACGGUCUCUUAUACACAUGGGAAGGCACCGAUCCCUCGCUCAAACCCGUGGUUCUCAUGGCGCAUCAAGACACGGUACCAGUUAACAUAUAUACGCGCGAUCGAUGGAUCCAUCCGCCAUUUUCGGGAUAUAUUGAUCUAGAAAAUCAGACUGUGUGGGGCCGAGGUUCUCUUGACUGCAAGCUUUGGCUGGUGGCAUCGCUCUCAGCCGUCGAAACACUCGUCCAAGCUCACUUCCAACCAAAGCGCACGAUCAUCUUAAGCUAUGGGUUUGAUGAAGAAACGGACGGAAAAUAUGGCGCAGCGCAUCUAGCGUCGACUCUGUUCCAUCGUUACGGUCCGAAUAGUGUGGCUAUGAUCGUCGACGAGGGUUCACCUGUUCUUUCAGCCAUUGACCCUGGCAGCUUUGGCUUGCCUGUCGCAGGGCCUGCCGUGGCCGAGCGUGGUGAAUUGUCCAUGCGGAUUACUGUGCAUGCUCGUGGUGGUCAUUCGUCUAUGCCUCCUCCUCACACGGGCAUCGGCAUUUUGGCUCUAAUUAUUGCGAAGCUAGAGGCGAAUCCAUUCCCCGAUGUGCUUGGAGAGGAAUCGCGAGCAUCGGUCCUCCAGCUGCAGUGUCUCCGCGAUGCCCCAAAGAUGCCUGCUGCGCUGCGCCGUGCUCUGCGACGCGUGGAGUCAGCGGAACGCACACGGAAAGAGUGCCGCAAGCCGUGCUGGCAACAUUGGUGGAAGCACAUCGGCAUGCUAUCGAGACAAAGGCGUCUUGAUGCUGCUAGAAAUGAAUUGAUGCAAAGUCUCGACUAUGCGUCGCGCAUGCUGCUCAAAACUACACAAGCUGUAGAUGUGGCUUAUGGUGGCAUCAAAGUGAAUGCACUUCCCGAGAUUUCCGAAGCUUUUGUCAACCACCGUAUUGCUCCUUAUGCAUCUGUGCGUACGGUCAUACAGCAUUACAAGGACUUGCUCGUACCUUUAGCGAAGGAGUAUGGCUUUUCUCUUGUUGUGGAUCGGGACGAUUUGAACUUAUCACUCGAUAAGAGCACAGUGUCUGUGAACAUUAGCAAGACGGGACUCGGGUACGACUCGCAUCCUCCGUCGCCUUUUGAAGGGGAAAAGGCCGAGGCAUGGCGUCUUUUGUCCAGUGUCAUUCGUCAGACCUGGCACACGGACGAGCCGCGAAUUGAGCUGCGCUCCAUGGACGACGAGUCGGUGCCUGAGCAGCGUAAAUAUAACGAGCCUGUGCGUGUGGCUCCUUCCAUCAUGUUUGCCAACACAGAUACGCGUUGGUUCCACGACUUAACGAACAACAUCUUCCGCUUUGGCGCAACAUCGGUUCAUCCAGAUCUGACGGGUAUGUCACCUUAUUUAAACGUCCAUACGGUCAACGAGCACGUGUCCAUCGACUCCGUCGUGAAAGCGACGCAGUUUUACACGAACCUACUUGUAGCGGCAGAUCACGAACAGAUUGAAAGGGUAUAG